GUCUGCGGCGGGAUAUUGAAAUUCCCAACUAAGGCUACCUCCCCUCCAACGACUUGGCUUCGAGCUUCCCCGCCAACUAUCGCAUCCGGCUCACAACUACUACAAUGGGUGACUUUAAGCUCUCAGCCACUCUUCGUGGUCAUGAAGAUGAUGUACGAAGCGUAAUUUUCCCCCACCCCACCACCGUCGUCUCUGCUUCUCGCGAUUUCACCGUCCGCCUCUGGAAAUUGCAAUCCUCAUCACCCCCUUCGUUCGAUAACACAAUCAAGACUCAUGGAAAGGAGUUCGUCAAUUCCCUAACAAUCGUUCCACCGUCACCGAGCUAUCCAGAAGGCCUGAUCGUGUCUGGAGGGAAGGACCAACUCAUAGAUGUGCGCCAACCUAGCAAAGCAAUCGAUGAUAAUGCAGAUGCGCUCUUGAUCGGUCAUGGAUCAAAUGUCUGCGCUUUGGAUACUAGCACCGAUGGUAAAGUUAUUGUCAGCGGCAGCUGGGAUGCGUCAGCCCGUGUUUGGCCGGUGGGCAAAUGGGACAGUUCGACUGUGCUCGAGGGCCAUACAGCUUCGGUGUGGGCAGUUUUGGCAUACGACGAGGACACCAUAAUCACGGGUUGUGCCGAUCAGAAGAUUCGUCUAUUCAAGCCGACUGGUACACUCAUCCGAGAGCUUCAAACCGGUGACGUCGUUCGAGCCUUGUGUAGACUUCCAGCCGGCCACUCAUCAGGAGCGCACUUUGCAUCUGCUGGAAAUGAUGCUCUGAUCAGAUUAUGGACAUUGGAUGGCCGACAAGUCGCUCAGCUUCAAGGUCACGACAACUUCAUAUACUCGCUCGCCGUGCUUCCGAACGGUCAACUGGUCAGCGCUGGCGAGGACAGGACCGUGCGAAUAUGGAAUAAUCAGCAGUGCAUUCAGACAAUUACGCACCCCGCUAUCUCCGUGUGGACAGUGGCAGUCUGCCCCGAGAAUGGAGACAUAGCCACAGGAGCUAGCGACAACAUCGUGCGUCUUUUCACGCGCUCGGAAGAGCGUUUUGCGGAGGCUGCUGCGAUCGAGCAAUUUGCGAAUGAUGUUGGAGCAUCAUCUAUACCCCAGCAGGCAGUAGGCAACAUCAAUAAAGAGAAAUUGCCAGGUCCUGAAUUUUUGACCUCGAAGUCAGGGACAAAGGAGGGACAAACGGUGAUGAUCAACGAAGCCAAUGGCAAUGUGUCGGCAUAUCAAUGGUCGUCGGCUGCGAAUCAAUGGGUGCAUAUAGGUACUGUUGUCGACAGUGCCGGCAGUAGCGGACGCAAAAUCUCUCACGACGGCAAAGAAUACGACUUUGUCUUCGACGUUGAUAUCGAGGACGGAAAGCCACCCCUCAAACUUCCCUAUAACCUCUCCCAAAAUCCGUACGAAGUUGCGAGGAAAUUUUGCGAGACCAAUAAGUUGCCUAUCACCUACCUCGACCAGGUGACAAAUUUUAUUGUCCAGAACACACAAGGUGCAACAUUGGGGCAAUCGAAUAGUCAAGGGGGCGAUCCUUGGGGAACGGAAUCGCGCUACCGCCCUGGAGAUGCUGCACAAGUUACUCCGCCACAACCUCCUGCACCGAAACCCAAGGUUAUUCCACAGAAGCAGUAUCUCGAUAUCUUGACAGCAAAUCACAAGAUGAUUUUCAAGAAACUCCAGGAAUUCAAUCAAAAGCUUGUCGAUGAUGGCCAAAAGGACGUCUCUUUCAACCCGGCAGAUAUUGAACAGCUUGCCGGUACGGUCACGGCAUUAGAAAAAGGCAAGGAGAAGGACAUUCAGUCAGCCGGCAUCGACCUGAUCGUGAAAGCUGCAACGGAAUGGCCGCAAGACAAACGGCUCCCUGCGCUUGAUCUACUUCGUCUUCUUUUCGCCUUUAGUAAUCCAGUCACGUAUUUGACAUCACAGCUAUCGAUACUCGAUCUUCUAUCUGAAUCGGGAGUCUUCUCCAAUACUUCGGUGCUCAAUAAUACAAUGAUGGCGAUUCGCUCGUUAGGCAAUCUCUUCAAGACAGACGUAGGUCGUGCAGUUGCCUCGAAGGAAUUCGACAAAAUCCAAAAGCUGGUCGCGCCUUUCAUCACGUCAAACAGUCGAAAUUUAAUUAUAGCUGUAGCCACGCUUUACAUAAACUUUUCAGUAUUGCUUUCGUCAGAACACAAUGCUGAUCGAGCCCUCACCCUGUUGGAUGAUCUGUCCAAGAUCCUGAACUCUGCUACAGAUUCCGAAGCCGUUUAUCGUGCACUGGUAGCGACAGGCACUCUUCUAUCGUUAGGUGCAGAGUACUGCGAAGCAGGUCGGGAGGUGUUCCAGCUCUCAACAGCAGUAUCGCAUGCAGCCGACAAAGUCAGGGAGCCAAGAAUCAAAGCAGUGGUAGCGGAGAUUGAGGAGCAGUUGAAGUCAUGACAGCCCUACUGACAGUUCCAUCGUUCUACUAGGGGUUCAAACCCACUUUCCGACGGCACCUCGAUCGACAAGAAAACCAUGGUGCCAGCUUUACUAGAGCAUACAUUUGGUUUCCGGCAUUAGUUUGGCAUAUUUCUGCAUUUGCAAGGUAGUCGAUGGACAUUCAACCAUAGCGAAAGAAUAGACAAGGAAUUAAAGCCGCCAUCUGCUCCAUU